ACGUGUAUUCAUAUACUGGUAAUAUUUAUCAGUACAUGAGCGAAAAGAUCGCUCAAGCUUUGCAGUGUUUGACAUAGUUUACAUCUCAGGUGUUUACUGAUAUGAGAUCUAAUAGAAUCUAUACAUAAACACAAACAUAUACCUGCUUAAGACGGGUUUGCAACACAUAAGUUUUACAGUGAAAAUGUUGUUUUCAAGCCUCAUCCGCGUUUGUACAUACUUGAUCGGGAUAGUUUCUGGCAUCUUCCUUGUACCGGAAGACAGCGUCCCGCUCGUGCUGACCACGUGGCCAUAUCAGAACGCUGUAGCGGCAGGCUGGAAAGUAAUCACUUCUGGCCACGGGUCCGCCGUCGACGCCGUGGAGGCAACGGGGACAUCGUGCGAGCUGGAGCAGUGCCGCGGCACCGUCGGCUUCGGCGGCAGUCCGGACGAGAAUGGAGAGACCACAUUGGACGCGAUGAUCAUGGACGGAAUAACACACGACGUGGGUGCGGUGGGUGGCCUACGGAGGAUCAAGCGCGCUAUCUCCGUUGCCAGGAAGGUGCUUGACAACACUGACCACACGCUCCUGGUUGGUGAGCAAGCUACUGCGUUCGCUGUAGAAAUGGGUUUUACAGAAGAGAGCCUGCAAACAAACGCAUCACUUCAACAGUGGAAGACCUGGCAAAGCAAAAACUGUCAGCCGAACUUCAGGGAGAACGUAACUCCGGACGCUCGGACGUCAUGCGGACCGUACCGCCCGCGUCCCUCGAGCGUUACCAAGGCAACACGUUCUUCUGGGAUGCACGAGAUAGAUGCGGACAACCAUGAUACCAUCGGCAUCAUCGUCAUUGACAGGACUGGAAACGUUGCCUCGGGGACCUCGACAAACGGCCUAACGUACAAAAUACCAGGUCGUGUUGGUGACUCGCCUAUCGCUGGCGCGGGAUCGUACGCUGAUAACGACAUAGGCGCAGCUACCUGUACCGGAAAUGGAGACAUCAUGAUGCGGUUCUUACCUAGUUACCAGGCGGUAAGUCUGAUGGGAGAGGGCCUCUCGCCCGAAGCCGCUGCCAGGAGCGCCGUGGACACCAUCCGCCGGAAGUACCCAACAUUCUCCGGCGCCGUCGUUGCCGCCAAUAAACAAGGGGCAUUUGGCGCUGCUUGUCACAGAUGGACCAACUUUGCAAUUACUGCCAUAAGUCCGUCUAUCGUUGACGUCACUGUCUUUAACAUCACGUGCAGCAUGUGAGGGAAUCAUUGCUUGAACGUGAUUAAUAAUUUAUAUGAUGUUCAGGUUGUGCCGCGGAAUAUUUAUUAGUAUCUUAGAUGUGGCAGAUUUAUUGAUCAGCCAAAUUAUUGUUAAAUGAGAUGUUUUGGCAAGUUUAAAAUUUAACAAUCAGUUUGUGAAUAGCAAGCAUGCACAAUUUACAUGUGUUGUAAAUGCAUACUCUUGAUGCUUAAUAUUUUAGAUUUCUCGUUCAAACGUUUCACAUUUAAAAAAAGGCUUACAUUUUCAUAAAUACAUUGAUUAACUUCAAUCUCCAGACUUGUUGUAUGUAAAUAUAUGUAAUAUACAUGUAUGUGUACACAAACUAACAAUCCUGUCCAGUUUUUUUAGAAGCUUUGCAAACACGGAUCCUGAUAUAUGAACGAAUGUUUGAACUUUAUUGUAUGAUGUAUCGUAAUUUAUUUGUUACCAAUAAUCUAUCAAAACAAUCACUUUUGCACAUGCCAUACCUAUGCAGACAGAUUUGGCUCAGUAAUUGUUUAGUUUGUUACAGUGCUAACUUACAUUUAUAAAUUAUUUAAAUAGUCUUAUGUUAUAUUAUCGCGUUAUUAAUAAGUGUACAAUAUGUAUAAUAUUGGACUUAUGCUAAAAUGUAACAAUUAAGUGUUCUGUUGUUAGUGUUGCAUUUAUUAAUCAUACCAAAUAAAUUGUAUGAUUGCAUA